UUUUUCCACACAAAAAGUGUAGGGCAUCCUUUAAAUAAACUAAAAAAACAAAGGACAAAGUGGUAAUUCACCAGUGUUGGCAUCCCAUAUAAACUACAACAACAACAGCCCCCAAGUACAUAACCCAACACAACACUGAUGAUCACUCUCUCACACAGUCACAAACUGUUUCUCUAAACAAUUUCUAUCUACACCUGCCCCCUUAAGAACAAAAAAAAAAAAAACAUGUUUAGCCCUUCGCAUCUCAAAACCUUGUACCCUCUUCAACAAGCCUUCUCAGUAAAACCAUCUUCAACCAUAAGCUCCAUGAAGCUAAAGAGAAUCGUGCACACCCUCAUAGUUUCCCACUUGUGCCGAAUCAUUCGUGCACUCUCCAAAGUCAAAGAUGUUAUGGUUGAGAUUCUUAAAGAAAACUCAACCAUGAUCCACAAAAAGCACUACAACAACUACAGACGCAAGAAUAAGAUCAUCCUAGGCUCCUUCAGGCUCCACUACAACUGGUGCUCCUCCAAAUCCUCGCAUGUGUUGCCGGUUCCCGAACCGGUUUACGCCACGUGCCGCGACUCGGGGGAGCCGCCGCGAGACGAAGAAGAUUGCCCCUACCUAAGGUGGCUUGAGGAGAAGGUUGAAGUUGAAGGUGGUGGUGGUGAUAAUAGUAAUAAUAAGGGUGCAAGUGCAACAAAUGAUGAGCAUGAUGAAAUGAACGAGAUUGAUGUGCUGGCGGAAAUGUUCAUUGCCAAUUGCCACGAGAAGUUCAGGUUGGAAAAGCAAGAGUCUGAUAGGAGGUUCCAUGAAAUGCUGGCUAGAAGCAUGUGAAACCCAAAAAGCUCAACAUGUUUUGGUGUUUCUUUUGAAAGUUGGUUUCCCACAUUCGAAUUCGAACUUGUUGUUGACUAUUUGGGAAAAUCUUGUCCAUCACCAUCGCAUAUCAAAUGUGUCCAGGGUUUUAUUUAUUAUUUAUGGAUCAUAUAUAGUAUUAAUUUUCCUUUUUCUUUUUAUCCAAACUUUUCAAAAGAGUAAGUGAGGGUUUGAAGUUUGAAGAAUUGUACAUGAUAUAUGGGAGAUAUGGGAUUGGGAAUUGUGCAAUUCUUCUGUCUGUUGAUACGGUCACGGUGGGCUUCAACUUUUAAUUUGCAGAUUUAUUUUGACAAUAAUUGAGAAGUGCUGUUUGAAAUUAUAUGUAGAUCUCACCUUAUAGAAAAAA